AAUCUUGUGAGUAAAUGAAUCCCAUUGUAUAAGAAAUGUUUGUAUUGAUAAGGGAGAUAGAGAGAGUGUGUGUAAGCCAAUCACAUCUUUGCUUUAUAUUUUUGCCCUUGACCUCUCCACUCGUUUCUUAUCUCACUUUUCCAUAUCCUUCCCCCUUUGCUUCUCAUUUCUUGAUUAUAACCUUUUCUCUAUCUCUCUCACAACAUUUCUCCAUUCACAACAACAAACCACAAAUGGCCACUAAUUCAAUCAACACCAUUAACCACGGCCACCGUCACGCCGGCCACCGUACGUUAAGGCGGCGCCAUUCAAUGGAUUGCCCGCGUUCUUCUUCUUCUUCUUUCUUCCUCAGACCGGCCACCACCGCCACGAGAACCAUCACCGCCGGCGGCGCCGCGCUUUCCUACGGGACUACUUCCAGUUUCGCGCUGCCGUCGUCAGCCACCACGCCCUCCACUUCCGAAACCGCCAUCUCCUACGACCUCCUGGAGCAGCACCUCGCCGGCCAGAACUUCCGGCAGGCCGACGAGGAGACCCGCCGCCUCCUCAUUUCUCUGGCAGGCGACGCCGCCCAGAAGCGCGGCUACGUCUUCUUCUCCGAGGUCCAGUUCAUCCCCGCCGCCGACCUCCAGUACAUCGACUCCCUGUGGCGGAAACACAGCGGCGAGAAAUUCGGCUACAGCGUCCAAAAGAAAAUCUGGAAUAAAGUGGGCAAAGACUUCACCAAGCUCUUCCUCAAGCUGGGGUGGAUGAAGAAGCUCGACACGGAGGUGGAGCAGUACAAUUACCGGGCCUUCCCCGACGAGUUCACGUGGGAGAUCUCCGACGACGGGGCGCCGCCGGACGGUCACCUGCCAUUGACGAAUGCUCUGAGAGGAACCCAGCUGUUCACUAGUAUUCUCACCCACCCGGCUUUUGCGGGAGAAGACGAAGAAGAUGAAGAAGAGGGGAAGAGCGGCAUUAGUAGAGGUGAAGAGAAGGGGCGGGGGUUGAAGAAUAUGACAUCAUCAUCGGUGUUUAAACCAGAUUACAGCUUUUGAUGAUGAUGAUGAAGAAUCUUAAUGCUUUGUUUGUUUGUUUAAGAUUUAAUUUGAAUUUAGGUUGAUGAUUUAUCGGAGCUCUGUACUUAGGAGUCAUCGAGAAGCCAUUAAACAAAAGGGGAAGUGUGAUUAUUAUUAAUUAAAGUAUGAUUUAUAUAAUGCUGAUUGCCUCC